CGAAGAUUCCCAAACAGGCCCUUAACCACAAAAUCGUUCGAGGGUCCGUCCGGGUCUGGGCUUUGUACCUGAAGUGUCAACAGCGUAGCCGGUCUCCGCUCGGGUCUGGUCUGGUUUGGCGUCGGGAACCAGAAAACAAGAAAGAUACUGCGCCUAAGACCUAUCUAUCAUCUAUUCCUUCUUGUGGGUUGGGUUUAUUUGGUAUGCACUUCCUCAGCUCAUCGUAGGCUCUACCCUCUCUCUCUCUCUCUCUACCACCACCAUCAUCGUCCCCUUCUUUCCACCUGCGUUUCAAGGUACCUCAAAUUCAGAUUCUCUCUCUUCCCCUCACGGAUCCUACUCAUCCUCUCUCUCUUGGUGAAAUUUAUCCGAUAUACACAUUGACACGGUACAUAUCUGGAUAAUGGCUGUUCAGGCUUGUGUCAAACCAAAAAUGGUGGAUGACUAUGAUGAAGAGGAUGAUGAGCCCCUAGUUUUUCGACGGACAUCAAAGCAAAAUAAACUCAGCUCAGAAACAAAAAAGUCAUCAUCGCAAAAGAGUGAUGGACAAUCAGGGAGGCAGGUCCCCGGUGUAGUUUCUCCCAAUGGUCGAAGCUUAAGUGCUCAAAAGGGUAAGACUGUUUCGUCUGCCAGGACAUCACCAGCAAAAUCACCUAUAGUAAGCCCAAAUGCAUCCACUUCAUCUGCCAAGGCAUCGGUGGGAAAUUCACCAGUAGCAAAUUCAAAAGCAUCAAUGACAGAUGACCAGUCAAAACAUUCAUCUAAACAGAAUACAAGCACUGUUGUUAAGGAGGAGAAGCAAUUGAUUAAACCUGCUGCUCGGUCACAUGAUGAUUCCGAAGAUUCUGAAGAUGAUAAACCCCUGAGCACUAGACUUACUGUUGGAUCAUCAAAGGUGAACUCCAACAAUCGUAACAGAGGACCUGGAAAUUCUGGUUUGGUUUCACCACCAUCUCAGAAACCAGGAGUCAGUAAAUAUUCUGAAGAUGAUAAACCCAUAGGUGCUAGAUCCACUGUUGGAUCAUCAAAGGGAAACUCCAACCAUCGUAACAGUGGUCCUGGAAAUUCUGGUUUGGUUUCACCACCAUCUCAGAAACCAGGAGUCAAUAAAUAUUCUGACGAUUCGGAUGAUGAAGUUCUUUUGUCAUCAAAGUUCCAAUUGAAGUCCAAUGCAGGGGCAUCUACUAGUAAUUUUUACGAUUCUGACGAAGAUAAACCUUUGGCAUCAAAACUUCAGCAAAAUGGUUCCAUCACAAGGGAUAAUCAACCUAGAAAACCUUCUACAGUGGUCAAUAAGAGACCUCUAAGUGAGAUCAAAUCUUCUAGUCAGAGUUCAGUUAAAAAAACGAAGCUUUCAUAUGUAUCUACAUCAAUUAGUAGUAAGCAAGCAUCUGUGAAAGUAGAACUAAAGGCAGAAGUUGAUGAUGAUGAUAUUCCAAUAUCUCAGAGAAUUAAAAAGGCAGCUGCAUCAGGUAAUAAAUCAUCAUCUGCAAGACAAAAAGAAACAAAAGUUGCUACUUCAAUCAAAAAAAAGAUUAAGAAGCCUAACAAAGUUAUGAAAAACUCAAAAUACUCAAAGUCAUCGAAAUUGCCUCCUAGCUCUGGUGAAGGGCAGAAAUGGAUUACCCUAGUUCACAAUGGAGUCAUUUUCCCGCCUCCAUACAAGCCUCAUGGGGUCAAGAUGCUCUACAAAGGGAAGCCAGUUGAUUUGACUCCUGAACAAGAGGAGGUUGCAACAAUGUUUGCAGUGAUGUUAGAUACUGAUUAUAUGAACAAACCUAAAUUCAAAGAGAAUUUCAUGACUGACUGGAGAAAGAUACUUGGGAAGAACCAUGUAAUUCAGAAGUUGGAUGACUGCAAUUUCACCCCAAUAUAUGAAUGGCAUCAAAAGGAAAAGGAGAAGAAGAAACAAAUGACUACUGAUGAGAAGAAGGCCUUGAAAGAAGAUAAAUUGAAACAAGAGGAGAAGUAUAUGUGGGCUAUCGUCGAUGGUGUCAAAGAGAAGGUUGGAAACUUCAGAGUUGAACCACCCGGAUUGUUCCGAGGCCGUGGAGAGCAUCCAAAGAUGGGAAAGUUAAAAAGACGUAUCCGUCCAAGUGACAUUACUAUUAAUAUUGGAAAGAAUGCCCCAAUUCCGGAAUGUCCUAUCCCUGGUGAAAGCUGGAAAGAAAUAAGGCAUGACAAUACAGUUACGUGGUUAGCUUUUUGGAAUGAUCCAAUCAAUCCAAAGGAAUUCAAAUACGUGUUCUUGGCUGCUAGCAGUUCCUUGAAGGGGCAAAGUGACAAGGAGAAAUAUGAGAAAGCAAGAAUGUUGAAGGACUACAUAGGAGGCAUCAGAGCAGCAUACACCAAAGACUUUGCAAGUAAGGAUAUCACGAAGCGGCAAAUUGCGGUUGCUACUUACCUUAUUGAUAAAUUAGCUCUCAGAGCAGGCAAUGAGAAGGAUGAUGAUGAAGCUGAUACCGUUGGUUGCUGUACGUUGAAAGUAGAAAAUGUAGAACCAAGUCCUCCAAAUAUUUUGAAGUUUGACUUCCUUGGUAAAGACUCAAUUAGAUACCAAAAUGAGGUUGAAGUCGAACUUCCUGUGUUCAAGGCUAUUCAACAGUUCCGAACUGGCAAAAAAGGCGGUGAUGAUCUUUUUGACAAGCUGGAUACCAGUAAACUGAAUGCUCAUCUAAAGGAACUGAUGCCUGGCCUCACGGCGAAAGUUUUCCGUACUUAUAAUGCAUCUAUCACAUUGGAUGAGAUGGUAAGCAGUGAAACAAAUGGUGGAGAUGUUGCUGAGAAAGUUGUACUUUAUCAGCAUGCAAACAAGGAGGUUGCAAUCAUUUGUAAUCAUCAACGUAGUGUCUCGAAGUCUCAUUCUGCACAAAUGACGAGGUUGAAUGAGAAGAUAGACGAACUAAAGGGCAUACUGGAUGAGUUGCAAACAGAUUUGGCUCGGGCAAAGAAAGGGAAGCCUCCAUUGAAGAACGCUGAUGGGAAGCCAAAGAAGAACUUGACCCCUGAAGCGUUAGAGAGGAAGAUAGCUCAAAACAACACAAAGAUUGAAAAAAUGGAGCGGGAUAAGGAGACCAAAGAGAAUCUGAAAACUGUGGCAUUGGGCACAUCAAAGAUCAACUACCUUGAUCCUAGAAUCACAGUUGCAUGGUGCAAGCGACAUGAAGUUCCCAUUGAGAAGAUAUUCAACAAGUCACUUUUGGCGAAGUUUGCAUGGGCAAUGGACAUUGAACCCGAGUUCAGAUUCUGAUGUUUUUUUUAUUAUUUUAUUAUUUUUUAUAGUUGUACUAGCACAGGCCCCCCCUCCCCCUCCCCCUCUUUCUUCUGCUGAGGAUAAUUCUAUUUUCUUUUUUAGUUCUGUUCCAGCGGGAAGUUCAUGUUGUAUUAGACAUUUCAAUCAAAUUAUUGGGUGAGUUGGCCCCUCCUGCCUGCCUCACAUAUUUCACAGUUGCCUCUUGCUAAGCAGCUGCAACAAGAAUUGUCUGCUGAAACUCUUUUGAGAUUUUCAGAUGUGUAUUACUAACAUUUUAAUGAGUUGACAGUAUUUCAUGAAUUGGACAUUAUGUUGUUGAUA